GGAUAAAAAUUAAAACUUGAAGGCCAGAUUUUGUAGUUCUGUUACAAUGAAGUGAGAAAUAUUCAUUUUUGGCGACUUCCAUUCAAACAAAAAUCUGGAAGACGAAGUAAAUCAAUUCUACUAUUUGGUUUUUAUAAGUAUAAUGCUUUUAUAUGGCAGGGGGAAUCUCCCAAGCAACACUUCCGUUACCUCUGGCAGCUUUUGUGAGCCUCACCAUAACAUACAAGCUUGAUAAAGCAUCCGAACGGUUCCUUAACCUCGCCGGACCAGCUCUAGAGAACCUCGCCGCAAGCUGCCCAUGGCCAAGCAUGCCCAUCGUGGCAGCCUUGUGGACUCAAAAAGUCAAGCGCUGGAGCGACUUCCUCAUCUUCUCCGCCUCUCGAACCGUCUUUCAUCACAACAACGACGCCAUCGUCCAGUUGCUUCGCAGCUGCUUCACCGCCACACUAGGCCUCUCCGGCGAUCAAAUGUCUAGCAAUGGCAGCGCAGGCAGCCUUCUCGGCCAUGGAUUUGGCUCCCAUUUCUGCGGCGGUCUUUCGCCCGUCGCUCCCGGGAUUCUAUACCUUCGAGUCUACCGGUGCCUUAAAGACAUCGUUCUUCUAACCGAAGACAUCCUGUCCAUCAUGAUGCAGUCAGUGAAACAAAUUGCAGAUACUGUUGUGUCCAAAGAGAAGAUCGAGAAGCUGAAGAAGACGAAGCAUGGAUUGCGAUACGGGCAAGUAUCGUUAGCCGCCGCCAUGGCGCAGGUGAAAGUGGCCGCUGCGCUGGGUGCUACUUUUGUGUGGUUGUCAGGAGGAUCAGGUCUGAUACAAGGUCUCAUCCAGGAGAUGCUUCCAUCAUGGUUCCUUUCUGUUCAUGAGUUGGAUGAGGAAGGAAACAGUGGGGGUCUAGUUUACAGUUUGGGAGGCUAUGCUCUGGCCUACUUCACUCUGCUCUGCGGCAUGUUUGCGUGGGGAAUCGACAAGACGUCGCCUUCGAAGCGAAGGCCGAGGGUCAUAGAAGCUCACAUGGAGUUCCUGGCAAGCGCGCUGGAUGGGAAGAUCUCGCUUGGGUGUGAUUUGUCUCUGUGGAGGGCUUAUGUGUCUGGGUUUUUGGGGUUGGUGGUGGAAUGUGCGGCGAGUUGGGUGAUGGAGGUGAAUCUGGGGGUGGUGAAGAGGCUGAGCAGAGGGCUGAGGAACUGGAAUCAGGAUGAGCUUGCUCUUGCUCUGCUGAGGAAGCGGGGAGUUGAGGCUAUGGGGGCAGCUGCUGAGGUGAUUCUUGCCGUUCAAUGGUGAUGGUGGAUGCAGGUGAUUUCUUUCGCUGCUGCCGCUUUUUGUUGUAAAUUUUAUUUAGUUUUAUUUUUAACGUGUAGGGGAGUAAAUUAAUAUUUGGAAUUUUACAAUAUUGUAUUAGUUUGGGGGGUGGGGGAGGUGUUUAAAAGAAACUAUUGUUGCUAACUUGAAGUUUAUAGUGUGUGUGAGUUGCCA